GGGAAACAAUCACACAAAGCUCGGACCAAAGGCGCCGGUACUCAGACAGUUUGACCGGAGAUCGUGUUUGAUUCGUCGGUAAUGCAUAUGCCAAUCUAUCUUGAUCCAAAAAUGAACAAUAAGUAUUGAAUGGAACGUGUCGUAGCCGCAACCGACCUUGUUUUGCGAAAUGCCGCUGGCUGUGCGCCAGCCCUCGCAGCGACGGGGGUUGGAACAUGUCCAUUAGGUCAUCAUAUUCACUCUGGAGCUGAGGCGGCACAGCGGCGCGCACCCGGGAGGCGGUCUGCCCCACAAUACCCGAGCUUGACAGUAGCCGCCGCGGUGGUCCUCCGCAACGCACUCCGCCUCGCGCCGGCCCUCCAGCGGGCGGCCGGCCCUGUUGCUGCGCAUCGCAAAGCAACACGGAAGAGCCAGGCGUACGGCGAUGGUUUGAUUGUGCGCUGGCGCCGAGAGCAGAUUGCGGUCCUUUGGCGCUAUCUGCAAUCGCUGCCGGCUGGCAACCGGGCAUGCACACGAGACGCCUUGCAUGUGCUGGAGCGAGAGGGAGCGGCCGGCGGCGGCAGCGGCGGCGGCGGGCGCAGCGAGUUGCUGCUGGGGCUGGGCUGCGGCCCGCGCCGCGUGUAUGCGCGGGUGCAGGACAAGCUCAAGCGCAUGCAGCGCAUGGCGCACCACGGCAUGUGCCCGCUGGACUCUGCCGAACUCAGCAACCGGAUUACGGGAUGCCGCUGGCCGGAGUGGACCGCCGCCGCGCUGUCGCAGCUGCCCGGCGGCGCGGGCACACUGCAGCAGCUGUCCGAGGUGAUGGCGGCGGACCCCGCGCUGGCGCCAUACCUGGACUGGAGGCCGGACCCCAACUGCAGGGCUGUGCCCCGCUGGAGACAGCAGCUGAAGAAGACGUUGUCGCGGCUGCCCUGCUUUGUGAACACGGGGGUGCGGGCCGGCGACGGCACCAACUGCCACGUGUACCGCUACGACCCCCAGGUGAUGGCAGGAAGCGUGCGACGGAGGCGCGGCAGCCGUGGUGGUGGCGGCGGUGGUGGCGGCGGUGGUGGCCUGCAGCCGGAAGCCAACCAGCCCGGAGGCAAGCCUGGCUGAGCUGAGAUUGCAUUAGUUACAAGAGGGACCUGCUGACGCAGAGCGGAGUGGGCGUGUGGCUGUCAGGCGGUGCGGCGUCGAUCCCUGCGGCUGUUGGAUUGGAAUGAAACAUGUGCGUGGCAACUUGCGCGGCGAUGAGAGCGCGAGCGAAACCAAGCUAGCAGGAUCUUCCAUUCGCGGUUUUCUUCUGGUUACUGCACAUGCAGUUUACGGCGUCUUGCAUGUGUCAGCGGCGGACGGGCGUACCGCAUCCAGCAGCUGUUGGGCGGUGGCGCGCUGCGCCGCGUCAGGCGUGGUCCCGCAGCAGGCGCUCUGUGUGUGUGUGUGUGUGUGUGUGUGUGUGUGUGUGUGUGUGUGUGUGUGUGUGUGUGUGUGUGUGUGUGUGUGUGUGUGUGUGUGUGUGUGUGUGUGUGUGUGUGUGUGUGUGUGUGUGUGUGGCGAACGAGGGGGGGCCGGCGCGGUGUGGCGCGGUGCGGGCAAUGCAUGGGCAGUGCAGUGCGCGAGCGGGAUGGCGGACAGCUACCUGUCCCGUGGGGCGGGCCGGCGGGGCUUACGGUUUGGUGGGUCAAGCCUAAGACACUGUGAGACCUCCCCUGCUGUGAGAAGGCCCAAGGCAAUGGCUCUGUCCGUGUGGCGCUGUCAAGCAGCUAGGUGGUGGUGCUGGUGGCGCGGUGGCCUGGCACGGCGCUGGCGUUAGGGAAGGGGAACUGCUGACCGAUUGAGUGUCGUGACCCCGCUCGCGCGAAGAAUGCUGCUGUGCACUCCGGCCCAUGCGCCAAAGCUAAUGCGGUGAUGGCCUGAUGGACGUCACUGGCUCGUGAACUGCGUCAGCAGGUCCCUCUUGUAAUUAAUGCAAUCU